AUGGCGAGCGGCGGGGCUUCGGGCAGCGGCGUGGGCCGGCGGGCGCUGCACUCGGCACGGGUGGAGGACGUGGCCUCGGCGUCCAGCUUCCGGGACUUCGAGGUCCUGCACCUGCACCUGGACCUGCGGGCCGAGCUCGCCAGCCGCACGCUGAGCGGCACGGCGGUGCUGGACCUGCGCUGCCGGGCGCCCGCGGGCGCCGCCGAGCUGCGGCUGGACUCGCACCCGAGCCUGGAGGUGACGGCGGCCGCGCUGCGGUGGGGGCCGCCGGGCCCCGGGGAGCCGCCCGGCCCCGAGGAGCCCGUGGGCUUCCACACGCGGCCCUUCGCGCGCUACGGCUGCGCGCUGUGCCUGCGCCUCCCGCGGCCGCUGCCGGCGGGCGAGCGCCUCCAGGUGCUGCUCACCUACCGCGUGGGCGACGCCGGGCCCGGGGUGUGCUGGCUGGCCCCCGAGCAGACGGCGGGCAAGGAGAAGCCGUUCGUGUACACGCAGGGCCAGGCCGUGCUGAACCGCGCCUUCUUCCCCUGCUUCGACACGCCCGCCGUCAAGUGCCCCUACUCCGCCCUCGUCCAGGUCCCCGAGGGCUUCACCGCGGUGAUGAGCGCGGACACGUGGGAGCAGCGAGGGCCACACACCACCUUCUUCCGCAUGAGCCACCCCAUCCCCUCCUACCUCGUGGCGCUGGCCAUCGGGGACCUGGUCUCGGCCGAGGUGGGGCCCAGGAGCCGGGUGUGGGCGGAGCCCUGCGUGGUGGAGGCCGCCCGGGCGGAGUACGACGGGGUGAUCGAGCAGUUCCUGGCCGCCGGGGAGGAGCUCUUCGGCCCCUACGUGUGGGGCAGGUACGACGUGCUCUUCAUGCCGCCCUCCUUCCCCUUCGGCGGCAUGGAGAACCCCUGCCUGACCUUCGUCACGCCCUGCCUGCUGGCCGGCGACCGCUCGCUGGCCGACGUCAUCAUCCACGAGGUGGCGCACAGCUGGUUCGGGAACCUGGUCACCAACGCCAGCUGGAGCGAGUUCUGGCUCAACGAGGGCUUCACCAUGUACGCCCAGCGGCGCCUCUCCUCGCGGCUCUACGGCGCCGCCUACACCUGCCUGGAGGCCGCCGCGGGCCGCGCGCUGCUCCGCCAGCACAUGGACGUCACCGGGGAGCAGCACCCGCUCAACAAGCUGCGGGUGAAGAUCGAGCCAGGCGUGGACCCGGACGACACCUACAACGAGACCCCCUACGAGAAGGGCUACUGCUUCGUGUCCUACCUGGCCCACCGGGCGGGCGGCCAGGACCAGUUCGACGCCUUCCUCAAGGCCUACGUCAGUGAGUUUAAGUUCCAAAGCAUUGUGGCCGAGGACCUGCUGCACUUCUACCUGGAGUACUUCCCGGAGCUGAAGCAGAAGAAGGUGGACGCCACCCCAGGCUUGGAGUUCGACCGCUGGCUGAACACGCCGGGCUGGCCGCCGUACCUGCCGGACCUGUCUGCCGGCGACGCCCUCAUGAAGCCUGCAGAGGAGCUGGCCCGGCUGUGGGCGGCCCCGGAGCUGGACGUGCCGGCCAUCGAGGCCGUGGACAUCGCCUCCUGGAGGACCUACCAGCUGGUGUACUUCCUGGACCAGAUCCUGCAGAAGUCCCCCCUGCCGGCCGGGAACGUGCGGACGCUGGGGGCCACGUACCCCCAGCUCUCGGGCGCCCGCAACGCCGAGCUGCGGCUGCGCUGGGGCCAGAUCGCGCUCAGGAACGACCUCAGGGAGGACUUUGGGAAGGUCCGGGACUUCCUGCAGAGCCAGGGGAAGCAGAAGUACACGCUGCCACUGUACCACGCCAUGAUGGCCGGCAGCGAGGCCGCCCGGGCCCUCGCCAAGGAGACCUUUGCGGCCACGGCCCCCCAGCUCCACAGCAACGUGGUCCACUACGUGCAGCAGAUCCUGGCGCCCCAGGCCAGCUAG